AUGAGUAAUGGUGAUAUUUAUUUUGUCCAACAUUUACAUCUGCUUUUCAUAGCUUAAUUAGAAGCACCUCAAAUUAAUCAUAUUUCAUAUUGACUACUGAACAGACGUGUUGAUUUUAAAAUGCAACUAUGUAAAAUAAAAAUAAAGCUAUGUAAACACUUGCAUUUUUACAACACUGUAAUUGUGUCCCAUCGGGUAAUGAGAAGUUCUACAGAUACUUGAUGUCCUCAUCCUCCCUUGGACACUUGGGCCACAUUAUACAAGUAGUCAAGUGGACAAGGGGUUUGUGUGUCUUGAGUGCGCGUUAAGGGCAACGUUUUUAAGACCUGAGACAGUGUUGCGCACGCGCUCUCAAGUGCCCAAGGGUAGCUUACUGGACAAGGCAAGAGUAAUGUAAAGCGAGUCAAACCUGGUCGAGAGGGAGGAGCUGGUGCUCGUGACUCCGCCCCCGUGCGCGGAGCAGGUUUCAUAAAGCCCCGCGCACGCGCCCGCUCCAGCAUCAGCAUCCGUCGACGGGGGCACCGUCAUGGCGCGGGAGUCUCGCUCCUCAUCGCUGUGUCUGGAAGAAACGCGCACUCACUCGCUCUCCUAGAGCAUCCCCCGCGAGUCAGCAAGGGGAUGCAAGCCCUCCACAGACCCGGGCUGCACCGGACACCAGACGCAGAGCUUUGGCUGGACCGGAUGGCGGACCUCCAGAACCAGAGCUCCGCGAACGGCACCGAGCUCAGCCGCUUCAGCAACACGGAGGACAUCAACCUGCCCGCGGACGGCACGCUGGGGCUGCGCGUCAUGAUCUCCAUCGUGUACUCAGUGGUGUGCGCGGUGGGUCUGGUGGGCAACCUGCUGGUCUUCUUCCUCAUGAAAGUCCGGCAGGGGAGGAAGAAGUCCACGAUUAACUACUUCAUCAUGAACCUGGCGGUCACGGACUUCCAGUUCGUCCUCACGCUGCCCUUCUGGGCCGUGGACACGGCGCUGGACUUCACCUGGCCGUUUGGACACGUCAUGUGCAAGGUGGUGGUCACGGUGACCGUGAUGAACGUGUACGCGAGCGUCUUCUUCCUCACCGCGAUGAGCGUGACGCGCUACUGGUCUGUCGCGUCCGCGCUCAAGGACCGCACGCGCAACAAGCGCUGCUCUGUGAAGCUGGUGAGCGCGCUCCUGUGGCUCCUCGCCACCGUUGCGACGGUCCCCACGGCGAUCUUCUCCACGGUGAGAUCGAUUAACGGCGUCAAGCUGUGCCUCCUGCGUUUCCCCAACGGCCAGCACUGGCACGCGCUCUAUCACCUGCAGAAGAUCCUGGUGGCGUUCGUGUUCCCGAUGCUCAUCACAGUCGUGUGUUACCUUCUCCUCCUGCGCCUCAUUCGCCUGCGGAGCAUGAACAACAACCUCCCCAAGCGCAGGUCCAGAGUCACCAAGUCCGUCACGAUCGUGGUCCUGUCCUUCUUCAUUUGCUGGCUGCCAAACCACGCCAUCACCUUCUGGGGAGUCCUGGUCAAGUUUAACGUGAUCCACUGGGAUAAAGUUUACUACACGCUCCACACGUACGUGUUCCCGGUCACCAUUUGCCUGGCGCACUCGAACAGCUGCUUGAACCCGGUCUUGUAUUGCCUCAUGCGCAGGGAGUUUAGGAAAAUGCUCAAGGACUUCUUCUGGAGGAUUUCGUCGCCCGCGAUCGCCAACAGCUGUCAGAUCCGCCCGUUCUCGGGAACCGCGAAGGAGCACGACGACAGCCACGUGGCGAUUCCUCUGAACGUGAUGGAGACCGAGGAGUACAGACUGUCGGUGGUGAACGGGCAAACGGACGCGUUACCGUCCACGGACUGCGCGGUGAAGAGAUAGACGCGCGCUGUUGACUUGAGUUACAGUACUGGAGGACUUUCUGCAAACUCGUCUACAAGGAUGUCGUUCGACGCUUUUUUUAUUCUUUCAAGUGAUGUUUCAAGAUGUUGCAUCCUUAAACGUUCGUGCCAAAUCGUCUCAUGCAAACCGUGCGUCCGCUGCGAGCUUUUUUAUCGCUUCUGUCCACGUUCCUGAAUCUAAUGUUUUUAUUCCGUGUAAACGUGCGCGGUGAAGCAGACCCGGAUGUACAGAGUAUCGAUUUAUCUAAUAUAAAAUAGGCUUAAGCUGCAAUGCAUUUUUUUUUCCAACUAGUUUUCACUUUUAAUCAUGUUUGGAGGAAAUAAUGCUGCUUUAAAAAAAGUACAAGACAAGAUUUGACAAUAAUUGUUUAUGCAUAUAAUUAUUGAAAUAAAUAUAAACAUAUUAUGAUGUAAUACGACUAUAGUUGCUAUUAUAUCUUAUCAUUCAUUAUUUAUUAGAAAUAUGUAGCCAUCCUGAUUUUUUUUUUUAACUCGUAAACACAUUUGGAGUAAAAUAUUAUUGCUGCAUUGCAUUAAAAAAAAACACACACACACACAAGCUACACACACAGCUAAUACUAAGAUUUAUUUAUAUAUUUUUGAGCUAUUUUAAAAUGCUUUGACCAACCCCAUAUUUUCAAUUUCAUUCAAAUUUGGAGUAAAAAAAAAAUACUCUUAUGAUUGAAAUGAUUUUUAUGAAAGCACAUACUGUAAAUGCACCAGAUUUUAAAUUGCUACAUUAAUCCAAGCUGGUUUCGACCUCCUUUUGGUUGUUUGAAUCGACUGGCUGGAAUUCUGAAAUAAUUAAAAUGUGUUGCUCAUCUGAAGUGUAAUAAAGCUGUGUCAGUGACCUCAACCAUGUGAAGGUGAGGGUCCGAACGGAAAUGAAUGUAAACAGUGUUACUAUGUUGUCCAUUUGAAGGGCAUAAUAAAAGUCUUAUCAUA